AAAAACGUAAAUGAUCAUCGUUCACACAUGUCAAUUCAUACAUGUGAUGAUGAAGUGGCUAUUGUUCAAUAACGUUUGACUCACGAGAAUUUCAAUCAUAUCACAUGAUUGAAGUGUAAAAAAGCUGCUUUAGAUAAUGAAAGUGUAGCAUGUAGGUGAUUGCCCAGUUGCGCCGUCAUUUGAUUCAGCUAUUGUGUGCGUUAAACACUUGUUUGUGAUGUUGACGGUGUCGUGCGUAGUUUUAUUAUUAUGUUUAAAUAUUUUGCGUGGAUCAUGUGAAGCUGCAUCAUUUGAAUCUGAAUUUGAAUCAGGACCAGCAUUGCUGAUCGUUUCCUAUGAUGGUUUUCGACCGGAUUACUUGUAUCGAAAUGUUACACCAACUCUAAAGAAAUUACGAUCGGAAGGAACGUCAGCGCGAUAUAUGUACCCAGUUUUUCCCACGAAAACGUUUGUCAAUCACUUUACUAUUGGCACCGGUUUGUAUCCCGGAAACCAUGGAGUACUUGCGAAUUCUGUGUAUGAUUCAACGAGGGGACUUUUAAAUUAUGGCUUUGACCUGUUCCAUUACAAUGAAAGCACAUUACCGAUAUGGUCCGCCAAUGAGAAAGCAGGUGGACAUUCUGGCUGCAUAUGGCCUGGAAGUGGCUAUGAAUACCACGGAGUAUCCUGUACGUUUCAAAAAGAACACAAUGGAAGCAUACCAUUUGAAGAUCGAGUCGAUACAAUCAUGAAUUGGUUUACACACGAGCAAACUCCAACAAAUCUGGUCAUGUUGUAUAUCGAAGAGCCCGAUGAACAAUCGCACAUGUACGGACCAAACUCAAUUCAUAUAACGAAUGCAGCAGCAAGAGUAGAUAAUCUCACUCGAUACAUUGAGGACAAAUUGAUUGAACACAAAUUGCAAAAUCGUGUCAAUGUUAUUUAUUUGUCCGAUCAUGGAAUGGUUGGUGUGCCGCCGUCAAAUUUUAUUGAUUUCACAGUAUUUUUGGCAAACAAUACUUACAAUAUCUAUGGUUCAACGCCAGUGUUACAAGUUGUGCCAAAGGAUCUAACCGUGGAACAUGAGAUAUUUGCCAAUUUAACCAAAGGCGCUGAGCAAAAUGGCCAUUUCAAGGUAUACAAUGAGCAUAAUCUGCCUGCCCGAUGGCAUGCUCACAAUCGAAGACGCAUGGGACCAAUACUUGUUGUAGCCGACAGUGGAUACGGAUUCCAGGAUAUGGUCAUCGCAGCUCAAAAUUAUCGGAAGAAGUUUAACGUUUCAUUUACAAAUGAAAGUAGGUACGGAGUACAUGGCUAUGAUAAUGCCGAGCCCGACAUGAAUGCUUUUUUCUUGGCAAAAGGACCUCUAUUUUCCAAAGGCAAACGAAUCCGAGCCAUUCAAAUGAUUGACCUUUACAAUUUAUUUUGUUUGAUUCUCAAAAUCGAAUGUGGUGUCAAUGAUGGCUCGAAAAAUCCCCAGAUUUGGAAGAAACUGUUUGCUAGACAUAAAAGCGAUCAAAACACAACAACUCUUCAUCAUGUGUGAUAAUUCCAAAUAUUAUUGCCUAGCGUGUAAUCUACGGAAACAUGUAUUUAAUCACACGACGCUACUGUGAUCAAUAAACCGAUAAGAAAG